AAAUUACUAAAGCAAUUAAAUAUAUAAAUAAACUCUGUAUAUAUAUUAAAAAACAAAAAAAACCAAAAACAUGCAUAAUUUCCGUAAGCAACACUCAACAGAUACCACAGAUACUGGCGUGGAAAAGAAUGACUAUCCAAGAGCCACAAAUGGUGUUGUAUUUGGCGCCAUUAUAACAUUUUUGGCAUAUUUUUUCUUAAUGAUGGCAUUUUGUUCGCCCUAUUGGAUUGAAUCGUAUGAGGAAACUCGUAGCAGUUUCAAGAAUAUGGGCUUGUGGCAAUAUUGUUUCAAGGAUUUUAUUUAUCCGAAUUAUCAAUUUCAGCGUAAAUUUACCGGAUGCCAUGAUAUCUUCAGUCAUGAAUAUUAUGUCAUACGUGAAUGGUUGUUGCCCGGUUGGUUAAUGACUGUCCAAGCUUUUGUUACUUUGGCUUUUAUUAUUAUUUUUAUUGUUUUGGUUAUAUUAGCUUUAACCAUAAUACGUUUGCCAUUAAAAGGUGUUUUACAAUACGAAUGGUUAUUGGUACGCAUUUCUUUUCUCUGUACGGCGUUAUCAUCUCUCUUUAUGUUUCUGGCUGUUGCCAUAUUCGGCGGUUGUGCCUAUCGUCGCGAUUGGUUAAUGUAUCCAAAAUUUAAUGUUCUAGGCUGGUCAUAUGCCUUGGCAGUUGUAACAUUUAUGCUGUUAGCUUUGGCUGCAAUAAUAUUUCGUCGCGAAUCGAAAGAAGCCUACGAAAUGCGUGGCGAACAAAAGAAUUUAGUUAUGCAAAUGGAAAUGCAAGAGCCCGGCUAUCAUCCUUCACGUCAUCAUCAUCAUAGUCAAUCACGCAGUCUUGGUUAUAUAUAAAAGAAAGAAAU